UAUGACAUCAGGUCAUAUCUCGUCCUCUGCUCACACUGCGUUCUGAUUUGGCAGCCGGGGGGCGAGCCAGACAAGAGCCAUCGUUGGAUUUCUAGAAGAGAUAGAUAACGAGGACAAUCUGUUCAUCAAUUAAUCGUGAUUAAGAAUAUAGAGUACUGUGUAUUCCCUCUUCACACUGUGUUUAAAUUGAUAAUCCGAGUAUGCGCACUGAACGUCAUUGUCUGCCAGCAGCAAGAGUGAGAGCGAGCGCGCGGAUAUGAUAGUGCAGGGGAGCGGCAUACAUUGACCCGAAUCUCCGGGAACCGGAGAACAACUGGACUCGGACACACAUCGUUGGAAAGACAUACUGGCAGACAGACAGCAACAGUUGUCAUUGCUAUGAUCAGCUGAGCCAGUCAAGGCAAAAUAAUAAAUGUGCCGUUUUGUCUUUGGCAAAGGGCGAGAAGUCCACUGCAGACAGGCGUGUCGGGGGCGAUUCCAGUGACGGCUCGACUCUCUGCGGAGCCCCCAUUUCAACAACCCCCACCCAUUUUGCUCGGGUGCUUUGGAUGGGGGGCAAGCAAAGUACGGCAGGGCGGCCACGGGGUGCUUUUCCCGGUGUCUCGACGGAUGACAGCGCAGUGCCGCCCUCGGCUCACUUUGGGCACUACCGACCGAGUGGCACUAUGGGGCUACGCAGCCGCUCAGUGAGUUCAGUGGCUACGAUGGGCAUAGAACAUAGUCCUGCGGUGCCCUUUGGGUUUUAUACCCCCAGAGGAACUGACUCGGACAGGGCCGGAGGGGGUUCUGGAACUAACGCUGCCCAUGGUAACGGCUACCAGGAAACAGGCGGCGGGCAUCACACGGACGGUAUGCUCUAUCUGGGAUCCCGAGGGUCGUUGGCAGACACCUUGCCCCUGCACAUUGCACCCCGGUGGUUUAGCGCCCACAGUGGGUUUAAGUGUCCUGUCUGCUCCAAGUCUGUGGCGUCCAAUGAGAUGGAGGUGCACUUCAUCAUGUGUCUAAGCAAGCCCCGCCUGUCCUAUAAUGAUGACGUGCUAGCAAGGGAUGCCGGGGAAUGUGUGAUCUGUCUGGAGGAGCUGCAGCAAGGAGACACCAUCGCCAGACUGCCUUGUCUCUGCAUCUAUCACAAAAGCUGUAUAGACUCCUGGUUUGAGAUUAAUCGGUCCUGCCCUGAGCAUCCUUCAGACUGACUGACCUCUGUGCUGCUAGUCCUACUACUCCUUCAAGGGCACUUGAUGGUCAUACCAUGGAUAUCUGGAUACUGAAGUAACCAAAAAAAUGAAACAAUCAAAACAGCCAAUCAAUUGAGCUAUCAAGAAAAUUCCUAGCAAACUGAACCAAAA